UCAUGGACGAUCUCCACUGUGGAGUCCCCAGGUUCCGCGUUCUUGUUACUUCAAGUACAGGCUCCCCCGCCGAGUUUUGAUAUCCGUCAUCUAUUCUCGCCGUGUAUACCUUCCUCCUCAUCGGCUUUCAGUGCUUCUUUGAUACCCAAGCCUUCUCAUCUUCAAGUCCUUGACUCCAUCGAUAGCCACCAUGUCACACCCAGACAACUACUCGACAACGCAAAAUAAUGCCAACCUAACUGCGCCUUCUCCUCAUCGGGGCGGCCACAAUGGAGCUCCGCUAGAGAAGGACUUCAGCAACGGAAACUACCACCAACAUCUCGAUAACAGCCAUGGCUCAGACGAAGCUUUACGGAGGAUUCAAACCGCAGGCAGCAUCUCAAUCUCCCCUGAGCUUUUCGAGAAGAUAUAUCUUUCCCCUCAAAACCGCAUCCAUGGCGACCUACGACGAACCUUUGGCAACCCUACUCCCUUGGCCUUGAUUGGUUUCCUACUGAGUCUGUCUCCUUUGUCCUGUGAUCUCAUGGGCUGGAGGGGUGCCGGCGGCUCUGGUGCUGCUAAUAUCGCGACCUACUUCUUCUUUGGUGGACUGUUGAUGAUUCUCGGUGGAAUUGGAGAGUGGGUCAUCGGCAACACCUUUCCCUUCGUCGUCUUCACCUCCUUCGGCGCUUUCUGGAUGUCCUGGGGUGGAACCCUCCAAGUGCAAUUUGGCGCCUACUCCGCCUAUGCCACCGACCCAACCAACCCAGCCACGGGCAUUACUUCCGUUGGCUUCCAAGCCUCCUUCGCCUUCUUCUUCCUCGCCAUGGGCCUGAUGUGCUUCAUCUACCUAAUCUGCUCGCUCCGCACCAAUAUUACCUUUUUCUUCAUCUUCUUGACGCUCGUUGUUGCCUUCAGCUGUCUCGCGGGCGCUUUCUGGAACACCGGAAACCCGGCCCUUGCGUCGAAGCUACAAGUCGUUGCCGGCGGCUUUACGUUUGUCACGUGUGCAUGCGGUUGGUGGAUCUUUGCAGCUAUCAUGCUGGCGAGUUUGGACUUCCCCAUACAGCUACCUGUCGGCGAUCUUUCGCGGUAUAUCAAGGGUGCCAGCGACAAGAAGGCUACCAAGGAGCACGAAGUUUAAGUGCGCUAGUCUACGAAAUAGCUAGAUGGGGUGGAAGGAUCUAUGCAUCCUCGCCCAGAUCGACGGGAAAGACUUUUUCAUUGUCUUCAACGGAUGAUAUCCAGGCAGUUGAUGGGUGCGGUGAUACACCCAGGUCAGCUAGCACG